AUGCACACUCCAGCUUCCAUGGUGAUGGGGAUUGUCUUUGCCCCUUUGGGAUUGGUCCUUCUCUUUACUGCAGCCAUCACCCCUCAGUGGAGAGAAGGACAGACACGUCUGGGAAUGUCGGGGCCAGUAUCUCUUCUCCGGUCCGGAGUGAAAGGUCAAGGGAUGGGGGUCAGGUCUGGGUCAGUGGAGGCACUGCUCUUAGUGCGCUCUGAUGGAUUGUGGGAGAGCUGCCUGCAGGUAGAGCACUCAGAGCUGAAGCAGUGCUGGCCUGUGGCAGGUCCGUAUCAGAGAGACCCAAGGGUUCGCCUGACACAGGGCUUGGUGCUGACUUCUUUGUUCCUGUGCGGGACUGGCAUUGUUCUCGCCUGUAUCGGUUUCCGCUGCUGGACAGAUAUACCUCUGAGAGGUGUUGCAGCUACUGGUGGACUCUUGGUUGUGAUGGGUGGGCUGCUGAGCCUGACCGCAUUAGGGGUGUACACCCACAACCUUGGAAGACUGGGGAUGGAGGAUCCACAUCAAGGGAUCUCCAGGCUUCCUCACUUGAACCUGCGUCCAGCCGGCUCGCUCUACUUUGGAUGGCUGGGUUCAUGUUUACAGGUGUUGGGAGGCAGUGCUCUGUUGUUCAGUUUCAAACGACCAAGAUGCCCAACCUGCCCAUCCUACCCAGAGCUGCCAGUCUGCCCCGCUUGUAGUUCAUGUCCAGAGAUUAACAAGCCAGACACAGAUGUAUAUGAAAUCAGCUGUUAG